AUGCCAAGGGAAGAAUGGUUUGAUUCGGUUAGCAUUAUGGAGUCCGAAUUCGACGAUGAUUGCCAUAGUAUAUUCGUAGGUAAUUCACUCGUUGACGACAAUGCUCUAUCAAUGAACCCGAUCACAAAGCUAACGAAUCUACGUUCAACAGGUGGAACUGAUAAGUACUUAUACCGUCCCCGAGCCGGAACUCUAAUCCUUCCCUCCGGAGAGAAGGGAAGUCCAGGAACCUGGUCAGUGGUUUCACCGUCGGUUUUUAAGCUUCGUGGACCUACUUUCUUCAGUGAUAAACAAAAGGCCCGCGCUCCGGAUUAUAGCCCCUAUGUUCCGAUAGGGGUCGAUUUAUUCGUCUGCCCGAGAAAAAUGAACCACAUUGCAGAGCACCUUGAGCUGCCAAAAGUAAAACCACAUGAUAAAGUGCCUCCACUUUUGAUUGUUAAUAUACAGGUGCCAACUUAUCCUGCCAAUGUGUUUGUCGGCGAUGCCGACGGGGAAGGCUUGAGCCUUGUCUUGUAUUUCAAGGUGUCGGAUACUUUUGAAGAAGAUAUACCCCCUCAAUUCCUAGAAAACAUAAAGAAAUUUAUUGACGAUGACAUGGAAAGGGUUAGAGGGUUUGCCAAAGAGUCCAUUGUUCCAUUCAGAGAGAGGCUAAAGAUUAUGGCAGGGUUAGUUAACCCUGACGACCUCCAAAUUGGUAAUACUGAAAAGAAGAUGAUUCAAGCUUAUAACGAUAAACCGGUUCUUUCACGUCCUCAACACAGUUUCUAUCAGGGGGAGAAUUACUUCGAGAUCGAUAUAGAUAUACACAGGUUUAGCUACAUAUCUAGGAAAGGACUUGAAUUGUUUAUCGACCGCAUGCAGUUCGGGAUAGUAAAUCUGGGUCUAACCAUUCAGGCAAAUAAACCAGAGGAGCUCCCAGAGCAAGCUUUGUGCUGUUUACGCUUGAAUCAGAUUGAUUUUGUAAAUCAUGGCCAAAUUCCCACCAUUGUAACCAGUCAAGAAGACUGUUCAAUUUGAUGAACAGACAUCAGGAAGAUUUCUUGCUUAUAAAGCCAACAGUUCUGCCAUUUUU